AUGUUUGCCAUCCCCCCUCCACCGCGAUAUCCCACCACCAGCGGCUUGGUUACCACAACCCUCGAGACUGCGAAUACUUUGACCACUCGCGAGGGGCCAGAAUACACGUUCCAGGUCGGCGAAGGCACAUACGUGCUGCGCGAUGACUUGCAAUUAGCGACGCCGCCUCCACAUCCCUCAGAAGCUCCCGUUAUUAACCCCAACCCUCUAGCAACAAGCGUCGCUCCUCCCACCAGUGGUGUCAAGCUGUCGCUGGUGUCGUUGAACCCGAAACAGAUUAACACCGACCUAUAUAGAACCACCACAGCAACGAGCAGCCUGCUGCGAUGGAGAUCGCUGGGGUUGAACAAUUCCAAAGAGAGCAAGGAACCCAAGAAGGUGGAAGAGGUCAAGGAGAUCAAGGAGAUCGAGAAGGAGCCAAGAAUAUCCGUUGAUAGUGGCAGUGACACCAGCAAUCCCGCGGCAUCUCAGAAUGGCAGCAAUAAGUCGAGCACGGCCAGACAAUUCGGCGAGGGCAACGCCGCGCUUUCUCCGCUCAUGACCAGAGACGGACUCAAACGCCGCAAACCUAAGAACAAUAUCAUCAAAAGCAAUUCCUCUUUUGUCUCCCGGGUGAUUCCCCACGAGUCACUGGCCAAGAAGCUCCAAGAACGAGACCAGGGCGGAACUUUCGCCUUUGUCAACAUCAACCGGGCGUUUCAGUGGCUGGACCUCUCUUCCAGCUCGAAACAGGACCCCAUGACCAAGAUCCUCUUCACCAAGGCCCAUAUGCUGUGCCAUGAUAUCAACAGCUUGACCAAGCACUCGACGCAUAUGGACAUCGUGAUGGGAUCUUCGGCUAGUGACAUUAUCUGGUACGAGCCCAUAUCACAGAAAUAUGCUCGCAUCAACAAGAAUGGCAUGAUCAACAGCUCGGCAGUCUCGACCAUCAAAUGGAUUCCUGGAUCCGAGAAUCUGUUUCUGGCAGCCCACAUGGAUGGGACACUGAUCGUCUACGACAAGGAGAAGGAAGAUGCGCCUUUUGUCUCGGAAGAGCUGAUAGACGAAGCGAUCAGUAUCGAAGACGAGGACCAGUCAACGCUGGUCAUCAAGAAAAGUGUCAAUUCGUCGAAUCAAAAGUCAAAUCCCGUAGCGUGCUGGAAAAUUUCCAAUCAAACUAUCGCCGACUUCGCCUUUUGUCCCGACAGCAAACAUCUUGCUGUGGUUGGAGACGAUGGGUUUCUCCGUAUAAUCGAUUAUCCCCAGGAGAGGCUUACCGACUUAUUCUCGUCUUAUUAUGGAGGCUUCACCUGUGUAUGCUGGUCGCCUGACGGAAAAUACGUGCUCACAGGAGGCCAAGACGAUCUUGUCACCAUUUGGUCACUCCCUGAACGUCAGAUAAUUGCUCGAUGUCACGGCCACGAUUCAUGGGUCACCGCCGUGGCGUUCGACCCGUGGCGUUGCGACGAAAGGACCUACCGAUUUGGCAGUGUAGGCGACGACUGUAAGCUCCUAUUGUGGGACUUCAGUGUGGGCAUGCUUCACCGCCCGAAAGGUGUGACUGCCAGGACCAGAGGCAGUAUCUCAACCCAAUCCAUAUCAUUGCUGCGGCAAAGGACAGAAAGCACGAGCGUCGUCAACCGUCUCAGAUCCGAUUCCAAUCGGACGGGCAGCUUCGUUCAGCCGGAGAUUGUGGACGAAUCUGAGUUCAUGAAUCAUCCUGUCGAACCAAGGGCUCGAACAGCACUUUUACCUCCUGUCAUGUCCAAGAAAAUCGAUGAUCAUCCAUUGAGCGGCCUUGCAUUCGAGCAGGACUGCAUCAUUACAUCCUGCAAUGAAGGGCACUUGCGUACCUGGAACCGACCCCGGGAAGCACCCAACAGCAGCCAGAUAGACCUAUCGGAAAAGCCAAGGCCUUGA